AUGAAAGGAGACAUAAUUUCACCCACCAGAAAACCCACAAGCUCAACAUCUCAUACCUCAUCAUCGUCUCGAAAAUCAUCAAAAUCAGAUCAAAAUCCUCGUACACGAGUAUGCACACCACUAUCUCGUAGUAGCGAAAACAAUAGCUACUACAAAGACUCAUGGAAAUCAUCUAUUUCCAGCGGAAGCUCAACAACUCUGUCGAGCUUCCGCGAUUCCCUACCUCAAAACCCACAUGUUUACGAUUUCAAAGAAAUCUUCACAUCAACAAACAAAUUCACGUCCAUGAAACAUUCAUCGUCAUCCACGUCAACAUCUUGGCGGUGUGUGAUCCGCGGAGACGACGUAAUCGUCUUCCAACGAAAACUUCAUCGUGCUAUCGACGAAGCAGAGCUUCGCGACAGACUUAUGAUGAUUUGCAGAAGCCAUCACUCGAGUUUGAUAAAACUCCGAGGGGCUUCAAUAUCUGGAAGUUAUAUAUAUCUAGUUUAUGAUUAUAUAAAAGGCGCUAGCCUUUCGGAUUGUAUUACAAAUCCUAAAAAUGUUAAUUAUAGUGUUUUGACAGGCUGGAUGUCACGUAUCCAAAUUUCGGCUGAUUUAGCGCAUGGGCUAGAAUACAUUCAUAAUUCUACUGGAUUAAAUAAAAAGUUUAUUCAUAAUCAUAUCAAAAGUAGUAGUAUAAUCGUUACGGAAAAUCAAAUUGAAGAAUCUUUGUGUUAUACUGCAAAGAUAUGUCAUUUUGGUACUGCAGAGUUAUGUGGUGAAACAAGUUUUGACGAAUUGAAUACAAAAAAAAAUGUGAAAUUUCAAGGGACUAGAGGGUAUAUGGCCCCGGAAUUUCAGGAGACUGGGGUACCUAGUCAAAAAUGUGAUGUGUAUGCAUUUGGUGUAGUGAUAUUAGAAAUUAUGUCAGGUGAAGUGUGUUUGAAAUAUAUUGUAGAUGAUAAUGGGGCUUAUAAAAGAGUGAGUUUGAUUGAGACGGCUAAGACUGCGGUCGAAUGUGGUGGAGUAAGACGAUGGAUGGAUAAACGAUUGAAGGAUUCGUUUCCGGUGGAUGUGGCUGACAAGUUUGUUAAGUUGGGUUUGGAGUGUGUUGAUGAGGAUCCGGAUAAGAGACCGGAUAUGGGUUUGGUUGCAGGUCGGGUUUCUAAACUUUAUUUGGAAUCGAAGAGUUGGAUGGAGAAUAUGGGAACGAUUCCUCCUGAUUUUACUGUUUCUAUUGCUAGUAGAUGAUGAUCGAUUAGUGUAAAUUUUGGUAAGUAAUGUUAACGAUUAAUCCUGUCUAUAGAUAGAAACCAAUUGUGUUUUUGUAAA